GAUAACGGUCAGUGUUACCUCCCCUAUAUACCCUCGUAAUAGGUAAUGCUGGUACUCUUGAUUAGAGGGUGAAACCACACUGAAUGGCUAGGGUGCUUAUCUGCCUCAUUGAGAGGUGUUUCUUGUCAUGUGAUGUCAUAUAACACUGCCAUUGGGAUAGCAAGGUGAGCAUGGACUCGAGGAUUGCAGUUCUUGUGGCUUGGGUGAUUUUUGGCGGCCUGUUAGCCCAAUACUUGUACACACCUUUCCCUGAAAACGCCAAACACCCUGUCAAACAGCGGUUUUCUCGAGCUAUGGUCCGAGUGAUGCAUGACAUUGCACUUAUUGGGAGCAGCCUUGGAUUGGGUUCAGAGGUCAACAUAACCAGACGUGUCUCCGAACUGAAUACACUGUUUUCAAGGGAACCUGACGAUGGAACAUUGUGGGUAGAGGAUAAGGUGUUUGACGUCGUACAGGUGCGCGUUUACACACCUAGGGGUCUCUCUGUCACACCAUCCCCGGCCCUGAUCAAUAUUCACGGCGGUGGAUGGGCUUACUUGGACAUAGAUGGUUACGAUGCUUUUUGUCGUCGAGUGGCCAAGCAUGCCAACAUAGUUGUUAUAUCGAUAGACUAUCGCCGUGCCCCAGAAUAUCCAUUCCCCGUGCCUCUCGAUGACUGUGUCACUGCCGUAAAAUAUUUCAUAUCAAAUGCUCAAAAAUUCAACGUGGACCAAAACAGAAUAGGGUUAACAGGGGACAGUGCGGGGGGAAACCUUGCUAUGGCAACCGCCCUUCGUUUACAAAAAGAAGAUGUUCCGAAACUGAAACUUCUGAGCCUGAUGUACCCAACCCUGCAGUCUUUCGAUCUAAACUUACCGUCAUAUUUGGAAAAUCCCGAUCGUCGAAGCACUUCUUUUUGUAUGAAGGACACACUUAUUCAUUGCAUGCAACUAUAUGCAUUUGGAAAUGAGCCGUUGACAUCUGCAAUGAUAAAAAACGUCCACAUUUCUAAAGAAGAUAGAGAAAAAUACUCAAAAUAUAUCAACAUGGAAAUGCUGCCAUCCAAAUAUCGUAAGGAAAGAGUGACACCGAAAGUGGCCCCUACCACUUCCGGUACUGUAAAGGGGGUUGAUACCAGUAUCUUUCUUAAUCCGUACUUCUCUCCACUACUUGCAAAUGACGAUGACUUGAGAAAGCUGCCUAAAACCUACGUCAUGACGGCAGAUAUUGACGCGCUCCGUGACGACGGAUUUCUCCUGGCCAAUAGGAUGAAAACUUUGGGUCUGGACUUGGACCAUGAACACAUGGAGGGUUUAGAACAUGGGUUUGUGUUGUUCUUCUACUACAAGAGUUCACUAGAUUAUAUUGAAAACUAUUCCACAUAUCUUAAGAAAAAUCUUUGAGCUUGUGUACCCAUUAUAUUUUUCCAUUGAUACUUACGGGCUUAAAAUAUUGAUUCAUUAUUGUUAAUAAUGUUACAUGUAUAACGUAGUUAUACUAAUAUAAGGUAAGAAUAUAUGAUUUUUAAAGGAUGCUAAUUUUAUAAUAACAUUUACAAUCAUGGACUCAGUAGGAAUUGCAGCACCAUUGUAAAUUAACUCUUCAUGUAUACUCUGUCCCAACUUUCUCCUUCCACCAUUUGUUGCGGAAUAUCUCGAUAAUCAUAAAUACAUUUUAGCACAAACUGCUACCAUUGACUAGAAUGAAAAAUGUCCAGAUUAUCUGCUCUGAAACCCUUCUACCGUUCAGGUUUCAUACAAAUAAAAAUGGAAAAUCCACGGGGAUUUUGUAUUGCAAACAAUAUAAAAUCCGGAUGAUAACUUAAACAAUUGUGCGAGGUGUCCUGCAGUACUUUCGAACGCAGAAAUGAUGUAAUCAAAUUCCUAAUUAGAAUCUACGUGAGAUUUUUGUUUUCGUUCAUAUUAAUUCUCCGGGUAUAAACAGACGAUGUAUCAAUAAAGAAAUUUAGGAUCCCCCUUUUUUAUUGAUUUAAAUUGCACUGCAUUGACCGGUAUGUUUAUUUUAAUCAAAAAUCAUAUAAAUGUUACGGGAUCAAUAUCUUGGGACAGACAACAAUGAAAAUUUAAUAUUUCAUAUCGAUUUUUUUUCAUUCUUGUUCAUAAACACAAAUUUGAUGUAUUUUUAUUUUUUCUUAAUAUGAACUUUGUAAAUUUGAUUUUUUCUUAAUAUGAACUUUGUAAAUUUGACGAUGUAAUAUAUA